AUGCCUAAUGGCAACCUUGACUGCUUCAUCGACAAGGACAACACCUUCCUUGAUUGGGCAACCUGGUACAAGGUAUUGCUGGGAUUAGCAUCAGCAUUAGUUUAUCUACUUGAAGAGUAUGGCAACCCUGUUGUACAUAGAGAUGUGAAGCCAAACAAUGUCAUGUUGGAUUCACAAUACAAUGAACAUAUAGUCGACUUUGGCCUUGCCAGGGCUACCCCAGAGUCUGAUGUUUACAGCUUUGGAAUGGUGGUUUUGGAAGUGGGUUAUGGGAAGAGAUCAAAAGGCAUCAUAGAUGAGAAUAGUUUAGUGGAUAGCGUAUGGACGUUAUACGAAAAGGGUGUCGAUGCAUUGCUUGAUUGCGUGGAUAGAUUGCUUGAAGGGAAAUUUGAUGAGGAAGAAGUGAAGAGGAGUUUGGUUGUAGGGCUUACUUGUUUGCAUCUAGAUUUUAUGCUCCAGCCUCAGAUGAGAAAGGUGGUUCAGGUUUUCAUGAAUCAUAAUGAGCCUCCCUUGAAUUUGCCUGAAUCGUAG